GUGACAUCUAUAAUGCUUGUCUUUAUUUAUUCUUAUUUUAUUAUAUACAAAUACAUGUGUAUUAAUAUUUCAUUAACAACAAUUACAAAUUUCAAGAUGCAACAUUCAAUUUAAUAUGUGAGGGAUGAAGCAUUCAACAUUAUUAAUUUAAAUAUAUUGUAUAUCUCUUAUAGUAGUAAAAACAUGCCAAAUUUAUUCGUACAAUCCUAAAAAUCAUUGCUUAUUACAUCAUCAAUAAGAAAAAUACGUCAAUAAUUAAUAUUGUUAAUUGCAUCAUCCUAAAAAAAUUAAAAAGUAACAGGUACUAUUUUCUAUGUAAGAUAAAUUAUGACUAAAAUUAUAAUAAGGCAUGUGAACAACAUUCCGCCAACUAGGAUAAAUCCAUCCUGUCUUGCUCUUUGCUCUAUUAAUCUCAUUGUCGUUUUUGAAAGUCCUAGUGUAUUUCCAAUGUCUAUCAGUUUCUUGUGAGCCCCUUUCAAAGUUAUUCUUUGUGAUCUCAAACUGUCCAAGAUGCUACUGCCACUUUGAAGGAGAUCAUCUACACCACCAAUUGCAUUUUUUAAACUAUAGUUGUGUUGUACAUUAUGAUCUAUCAUAAUAUCAACAUGAUCAUUUGUGGUAAAUGUCCUAGACAAUAAUGCUUCCCUUUCAGCUUCUUCUCUUUGCUUUUUAAGCAUUUUGUUCCGCCAAGAGUUUAAAGCAGCUGUGAGAUGACGACUAUCAUACUUUAGUUGAUCUACACGCAUUUUAGCAUUUUGCCUUUGAAAUAUAGGUCCUUUGAGGCACAAUACAUCCAAUCUUUCACAAUUACUGUUGAUGAGGUUUAUUUUUGAUUCUAUGCUGUUUUCUAUUUCUUUAAGGUCUAGGUUAGGCGUUUUCUUUUCAAGCAGCGAGAAAAGAUGUUGUGUCUCUUGAACUAAUUUGUUUGUUUGGUGAUAUAAAGUUUCCAUAUUUAUUAAUAAAUAGGUUCAUUCGUAUUUUAAUAUUCGCAAAAGUUGUGACGUGUACGUAUAGGUACUACUGUCAGAUAGGAUAUUUGUAACAGUGGUUAUCAAAAUCUGUCAGAGAAUAUUUUGCGAGAACAUUUUGAUAAAAUAAAGAAUGUAGAUUAUCGAAACUAUUGUGUUCAAAGAACAUUAUAGUACCAAAGAAUGAUUAAAUCUCGAAUAAUAUUUUUUGUUCAUGAAAAAAAAUAUUGAAUCUCCUUAUUUUUUAUAAAAAAUAAAAGUAUUUCUUCUGGUUGAAUGAAACGGAAACUACUGACAUCUCGAGGUUUAAAUCGCAUGUAAGACAUACUUCUUGAGAGUUAUUUAUAAAUAUGAAGCACAUCGGCUGACAGCGAUAACCAAAUCGUGUUUUUUCGCACGUAAUUCUUUCUAAACAGGAAUUUAUUGUUCAUACAAAUGGAUAUCGGUGAAUUAUUAUCAUACAAACCACCAAAUACACCGAAAAGACCAAUCGCAGGAGAAGAAGAUGACGAGGAUGAAUGGGAAAAUGCAAAGAAGCCUAAAAGGUUAAUUAAAACACCAUAUCAUGCGCGUCAAAGGCAACCAAGAGAAAUUGAAGUAACCCCAGUUAGAAGCAGCGAACCUCCUACACCUAUCAGAGCUGCUUUACCUUCACCAGCAAACGAUGUAGUUGAACCACAAUUGACAGAAAAAGAAAAACAAGAUAUUUUGAAAUAUGUUGAAACUGAAGCCCCAGAAAUAGAGGCAUUGGAUGAAGCAACACUGAAAAGAAUGGUCCUUCUGUUUGAAAAAAGAGCACUUAGGAAUCAGGAAAUGAGAGUGAAAUUCCCUGAUCAACCAGAAAAAUUUAUGGAGUCAGAAGUAGAAUUGCAUGAAACUCUUCAAGAACUUCAUGUUGUUGCAACAAAUCCAGAUCUAUAUCCUUUAAUGGUGGAAUUGGGUGCUGUACCAUCGUUACUUGAAUUAUUAUCUCAUGAGAAUACAGAUAUAGCAGUUGGUGUGGUAGAUCUCUUACAAGAGCUGACAGAUGUAGAUAUUUUGCACGAAAGUCAAGAAGGUGCUGAUACACUGAUUGAUGCUUUAUUGGAACAACAAGUUUGUGCUCUUCUUGUACAAAAUUUAGAAAGAUUGGAUGAAGUAGUAAAAGAAGAAAGUGAUGGAGUUUAUAAUACUCUAGCUAUUUUCGAGAAUCUCUUAGAGUUUAGACCAGAAUUGUGUGCAGAUGCAGGAAAGCAGGGAUUAAUGCAAUGGCUUUUAAGGAGAAUCAAAGCAAAAACACCAUUUGAUGCUAAUAAACUUUAUGCUAGUGAACUUUUAUCUAUUCUUUUGCAAAACACACCAGAGAAUAGGUUACUUCUUGGUGAACUUGAUGGAAUUGAUGUAUUAUUACAACAACUAGCGUAUUACAAAAGACACGAUCCUCAAACAGCCGAAGAGCAAGAAAUGAUGGAAAAUUUAUUUAAUGUAUUAUGUUCAAGUCUAAUGGCAACUGUAAACAGAGAUCGAUUUUUAAGGGGCGAAGGAUUACAGCUUAUGAAUUUAAUGUUGCGAGAAAAAAAAAUGUCUAGGAAUGGCUCUCUUAAAGUAUUAGAUCAUGCAAUGAAUGGCCCAGAUGGAAAAGAUAAUUGUAGUAAAUUUGUCGAUAUCCUCGGAUUGAGAACAAUAUUUCCUUUAUUUAUGAAAACGCCAACAAAAAAUCGGAAAAGAAUGCUUACUGCGGAAGAACACGAAGAGCAUGUAGUAUCAAUUAUUGCAAGUAUGCUUAGGAAUUGUAAAGGUCAACAACGUCAAAGAUUAUUGAGUAAAUUCACGGAAAAUGAUUACGAGAAAGUGGAUCGCUUGAUGGAACUCCAUUUCAAGUAUCUUGAGAAAGUGGAGGAAGUUGAAAAGAAUACAAAAGAAGACGAAGAUGAAGAAGAAUCGUAUCUAAGAAGAUUGGAUGGUGGAUUGUUUAUUUUGCAAUUAGUAGAUUAUGUACUAUUAGAAGCGUGUACCGGUUGUCCACCAGCAGUGAAACAACGAGUAACACGAAUUUUAGCUCAAAGAAGAGCAUCUCUAAAAACUAUAAGGCAUAUCAUGCGAGAAUACGCGGGAAAUCUUGGUGAUGCUGGGGAUUCCGAAUGGAGAGAAGCAGAGCAACAACAUAUAUUGCAGUUAAUUGAUAAAUUUUGAUGUAUACUUUUUAACGAAGGUCUUCAAAAUACGAAAUCUUUUGCUGUUUUGUAAAUUUCUUAAAAUAGCAAUCCUAUUUUACACGGAUAUCUAAUGCAUGUGUAAAAUAUUACUGAAGAAAAUUAUUCAUUUUUAUAUACAAGGAUUGAAAGGAGCGUUUGUAAAAAAUUAAACGAGUGUCAUAUAUUUUGUUGCAUUUUUAUUCUGUAUGCAAGUAAGUUGUGAAAUAAGCGUGAUAUCAAGUUGCACGCGAUUGAUCGAUAAAUUUAUUAUUUUAACUACUUCAUAUGAAGUCACACAAUCAAUAGUACUAUAGCAUACGAUAGCGCGUCAAAUUUUAUACUCAAAAUUUACAAUUUAUUUUAGUUCCCCGACGCAGAAUUUUUUCAUCCCAUUGAUGAAAUAUUCCGUAACGAUAUCAUAGAUGUACGUUAGUAAAAUGGGUGAAAAUAAAGCAGUGAUCAUAGAUUGUCAUUGUC